AUGGAGGGAGUGGAUUAUCUUGCGGAUGAGAGGAAGAAGGCUCAGUUCGAUGUGGAUGCUAUGAAGAUUGUAUGGGCUGGCUCUCGCCAUGCCUUUGAAGUUUCUGAUCGAAUUUCUAAGCUCGUUGCUGGUGAUCCUGCUUUCCGGAAGGACGACAGAACUAUGCUCCCAAGAAAAGAAUUGUUUAAGAAUACUCUUAGGAAGGCAGCUUAUGCAUGGAAACGAAUUAUUGAACUUCGUCUAUCUGAAGAAGAGGCAUCAAAAUUAAGGUUUUAUGUGGAUGAACCUGCUUUUACUGAUCUUCAUUGGGGAAUGUUUGUACCUGCCAUAAAGGGACAGGGUACUGAUGAACAGCAGCAAAAAUGGUUGCCCUUGGCCUAUAAGAUGCAAAUAAUUGGCUGCUAUGCACAAACUGAACUUGGUCACGGCUCCAAUGUACAAGGUCUUGAAACCACUGCAACAUUUGACCCUAAGACUGAUGAAUUCAUAAUUCAUAGUCCGACAUUGACUUCAAGCAAAUGGUGGCCUGGUGGACUAGGUAAAGUAUCCACCCAUGCUGUUGUUUAUGCGCGCCUCAUUACAGAUGGUAAAGACCAAGGAGUUCAUGGCUUUAUUGUCCAACUACGGAACUUGGAGGACCAUACUCCUCUUCCAGGAAUAACCCUUGGUGAUAUUGGAACAAAAUUUGGAAAUGGAGCGUACAAUACCAUGGACAAUGGUGUGUUAAGAUUUGAUCAUGUACGUAUUCCGAGAGACCACAUGUUGAUGAGGGUUUCACAGGUUACAAGGGAAGGAAAAUAUAUGCAAUCUGAUGUACCCCGGCAGUUGGUCUAUGGGACCAUGGUAUAUGUCCGACAAACAAUUGUAGCCGACGCUUCAUGUGCUUUGUCACGAGCUGUUUGUAUUGCUACCAGGUAUAGUGCUGUCCGUAGGCAAUUUGGAUCACAGAAUGGUGGACCUGAAACUCAGGUCAUUGACUACAAAACUCAGCAAAGUAGGCUCUUCCCUUUGCUAGCUUCUGCUUAUGCCUUCAGAUUUGUUGGUGAAUGGCUAAAUUGGCUAUACACGGAUGUGACCCAGAGACUGCAGGCCAGUGACUUCUCAACAUUGCCUGAGGUUCAUGCAUGCACUGCAGGGUUGAAGUCUCUGACUACUUCUGUCACAGCUGAUGGAAUUGAAGAAUGUCGAAAAUUAUGUGGAGGCCAUGGUUACCUCUGUAGCAGUGGACUUCCAGAGUUAUUUGCAGUUUAUGUUCCUGCUUGUACAUAUGAAGGAGACAACAUUGUGCUGCUUCUACAGGUUGCUAGGUUUCUCAUGAAGACAGUUUCACAACUGGGAAAUGGGAAAAAGCCAGUGGGUACGAUAGCUUAUAUGGGACGAGUUGAACAUCUAAUGCAAUGCCGCUCUGAUGCACAAAAUGCUGUCGACUGGCUAAAGCCUAGCGUAGUAUUGGAGGCAUUUGAGGCUAGGGCUGCCAGAAUGUCUGUUGCUUGUGCUCGAAAUCUGAGCAAGUUCACCAAUCCAGAAGAAGGUUUUGCUGAGCUAUCAGCUGAUUUAGUUGAGGCAGCAGUCGCUCACUGCCAAUUAAUUGUUGUCUCAAAGUUUAUUGAGAAGCUGCAACAAGACAUUCCCGGCAAAGGGGUCAAGAAACAAUUAGAGGUGCUAUGCGGUAUUUAUUACCUAUUCCUCCUUCACAAGUACCAGGGUGAUUUCAUUGCUACCAGUUGCAUAAGCCCUAAGCAGGCUUCACUUGCUAAUGAUCAGCUCAGAGCCUUAUAUUCUCAGGUUCGUCCAAAUGCUAUAGCUCUUGUUGAUGCGUUCAACUAUACCGACCAUUACCUCGGAUCAAUUCUUGGGCGUCAUGAUGGUAAUGUAUAUCCAAAACUCUACGAUGCAGCAUGGAAGGAUCCUCUAAACGAAUCGGAUAUACCUGAUGGCUAUCACGAAUAUAUCAGGCCUCUGCUUAAGCAACAGCUCCGUGCUGCUAGACUAUAG